ACCUCGGCGGCGGGUUUGGCGCUGCAGCGCUGGCGACAGGUUCGCGGCUGGGGUGGGCGCCGCGGACCCGGAAAAGAGGACGAGCACCUGGAGCCCGGCCGCAGCCCACGACUUUGCGACCCAGCGGCGGCGUUGCUGCUGCGGGGCUCGGGCGCGCGGCCCGGCGGGACCGAGGACGGCGGGGCGGCAGGGCGCGGGCGCCGCGGGCCGGGACGCGCCAGAUGAUGGAUUUGGAUGUGCUUCUGUGAAGAAAUGCCACGUGUCUCUACUGGUCCAAGAACGAACAUGUCCAGACUACUGCCACCAUAGGGGACUAGGGAUUGGUGACAGCGCUUCCCGGGGAAUCAGGCACGGUCUGACCCAGGAACAGGAAGCACAUUGUCACCAAUGACAUCAUGACAGCAAGAGAGCACAGUCCUCGCCAUGGCACCAGGGCCCGUGCGAUGCAGCGGGCUUCCACCAUCGACGUGGCAGCCGACCUGCUUGGCCUCUCUCUGACAGGAAGUAUACAAGAUCCAGAUGAGCCCAUUUUGGAAUUCAGCUUAGCUUGCAGUGAGCUGCAUACGCCAUCGCUAGAUCGAAAACCAAACAGCUUUGUAGCCGUGAGUGUGACCACGCCACCCCAGGCGUUCUGGACGAAGCACGCGCAGACGGAGAUCAUUGAGGGAACCAAUGAUCCUAUAUUUCUAAGCAGUAUUGCCUUCUUUCAAGACUCUCUCAUCAAUCAGAUGACACAGAUCAAGCUCUCCGUGUAUGAUGUCAAGGAUAGAUCUCAGGGAACAAUGUACUUGCUGGGCUCUGGAACAUUUGUCGUCAAAGAUCUGCUCCAGGACAGGCGUCAUAGGUUGUAUUUAACACUAAGGUCUGCGGAGAGCGACCGCGUGGGCAACAUCACCGUGAUGGGCUGGCAGAUGGAGGAGAAGUCAGACCAGCGGCCCCCCGUGGCCCGGUCUCUGGACACCGUCAACGGGAGGAUGGUUCUGCCCGUUGACGAGAGCUUGACCGAGGCCUUGGGAAUCCGAUCCAAAUACGCUUCUUUGCGAAAAGACACGUUACUGAAAUCGGUGUUCGGCGGUGCCAUCUGCCGCAUGUACCGGUUCCCGACCACCGAGGGCAACCACCUGCGGAUCCUGGAGCAGAUGGCGGAGAGCAUGCUGUCCCUGCACGUGCCCCGGCAGUUCGUGAAGCUCCUGCUGGAGGAGGACGCGGCCAGGGUGUGUGAACUGGAGGAGCUGGGGGAACUGUCCCCUUGCUGGGAGAGCCUCCGGCGCCAGAUCGUCACUCAGUACCAGACCAUCAUCCUCACGUACCAGGAGAACCUGACCGACCUUCAUCAGUACAAAGGUCCCUCGUUCAAAGCAAGCAGUUUGAAAGCAGAUAAAAAGUUAGAAUUUGUUCCCACAAACUUACACAUACAGAGGAUGAGAGUUCAGGACGAUGGAGGAUCAGAUCAGAACUACGACAUCGUCACCAUCGGAGCGCCAGCAGCACACUGCCAGGGCUUUAAGUCAGGAGGUCUCCGCAAAAAGCUGCACAAAUUCGAAGAGACCAAGAAACACAGUUUUGAGGAGUGUUGUACGUCAUCCAGCUGCCAGUCCAUCAUCUACAUACCACAGGACAUUGUCAGAGCCAAGGAGAUCAUUGCCCAGAUCAACACCCUGAAAACCCAAGUGAGUUACUAUGCAGAGCGGCUCUCGAGGGCGGCCAAGGACAGGUCUGCCACCGGCCUCGAAAGGACACUCGCCAUCUUAGCAGACAAGACCCGGCAGCUGGUCACCGUGUGCGACUGCAAGCUGCUGGCCACCUCCAUCCACGGGCUGAACGCGGCCCGGCCCGACUAUAUCGCCUCCAAGGCCUCGCCCACCUCCACUGAGGAGGAGCAGGUGAUGCUGAGGAACGACCAGGACACGCUCAUGGCCAGGUGGUCGGGCAGGAACAGCCGGUCUUCUCUGCAGGUGGACUGGCACGAGGAGGAGUGGGAGAAGGUGUGGCUGAACGUGGACAAGAGCCUGGAGUGCAUCAUCCAGCGGGCGGACAAGCUGCUGCAGCGGGAGCGCCUGCAGGGCGAGGGCUGCGACCACAGCCUCCCCGGCGCCGGCAGCUGCGUGGGAAGGAAAGAUUGCAGUCCCCCUCCUGAAGAGUCCAGCCCAGGUGAGUGGAGCGAGGCCCUGUACCCCCUGCUGACCACCCUCACGGACUGCGUGGCCAUGAUGAGCGACAAGGCCAAGAAGGCGAUGGUCUUCCUGCUCAUGCAGGACAGCGCGCCCACCAUCGCCACCUUCCUGAGCCUGCAGUACCGCCGCGACGUGGUCUUCUGCCAGACGCUGACCGCGCUCAUCUGUGGCUUCAUCAUCAAGCUGCGGAACUGCCUGCACGACGACGGCUUCCUGCGGCAGCUCUACACCAUCGGGCUGCUCGCCCAGUUUGAGAGCUUGCUGAGCACCUACGGGGAGGAGCUGGCCAUGCUGGAGGACAUGAGCCUUGGGAUCAUGGACUUGAGGAACGUGACCUUCAAAGUCACUCAGGCCACGUCUAACGCAUCAGCCGACAUGCUUCCCGUCAUCACAGGAAAUCGGGACGGCUUUAACGUGCGGAUCCCCCUGCCAGGCCCCCUGUUCGACGCCCUGCCCCGGGAGAUCCAGAGCGGGAUGCUGCUGCGAGUGCAGCCCGUGCUCUUCAAUGUGGGCAUCAACGAGCAGCAGACGCUGGCCGAGAGGUUUGGCGACACGUCUUUACAAGAAGUUAUCAACGUGGAGAGCUUGGUGCGGUUAAAUUCCUACUUCGAGCAGUUUAAGGAAGUCUUGCCAGAGGAUUGCCUACCUCGAUCUCGGAGCCAGACGUGCCUGCCGGAGCUGCUGCGCUUCCUGGGUCAGAACGUGCACGCCAGGAAGAACAAGAACGUCGACAUUCUCUGGCAGGCUGCUGAGAUCUGCCGCCGCCUCAACGGGGUGCGGUUCACCAGCUGCAAGAGCGCCAAGGACCGCACAGCCAUGUCGGUGACGCUGGAGCAGUGCCUGAUCCUGCAGCACGAGCACGGCAUGGCCCCGCAGGUCUUCACGCAGGCCCUGGAGUGCAUGCGCAGCAUUGGAACACGGGAGGUAGUCACCCAGAAGAACUUGAGCGGCCUGGUGCCCAUCCGAGACUUAAGACUAGACCCCAGCCUCCUCUGUUCCAUCCCUUUACUAGCUCUGAGCCCCAAUUUACUGAUUGCGUGGCUCUUCCUGAGCAUAGCAUACCUGGCGGCCAAAUUGCGUUGCAAAUGAAUAUCAUUAUGAGAAAUUAACAAAUCACCAGAAAAACAAAAGUGCCAGAACAUGUCCAGCCACCGUGCACCUAACGGGACAGAAGGAAUGUGUCAGAGCAUGGUCCACCGAGAUAUAUUUCAUGCCUUACAGUUUGACAUUUUGUUGUUCUGAAUUGUAAACACCUGCCAAAUUAUUUCACCAAGAGGACAUGUUCGUUUAAGUUCUGUGGAGUUUUCAGUGCUUGUAACAUGUUCUUACAGAGCUCUGUUACUGCUUUGUUUAGCUGGCCUGGAAUUACUUGUACCAAAUCUCUUACCUUCUGAUGUAAAACUAUUUAUUACCUGUAUAUCUCUUGUGCCCUGUUUCCUAGAGAGAGGAAUUCUGUCAGGAAAGAAUUUGUAUAUUUGAUACUAUUCUUUAAAUGUACUGCUAACCUUUCCUUUCCUUUUGAAGAGAAAUGAAAAGUGUAGAUGCUUUCUAACUGGCUCCUCUAGAUAAACCUAUUUAAUAGGACAUGUACUUUCUGCUUUCAUUUCAAAGCGUAGUCCCUGCAAUUAUAGUAGCAAACAGUUUGCAGAAUUACAUUUCCUUGCUUACGUUAUUAUUUCCAAGUUGGGAUGACACAAAGCUGUGGAGACGGUAGCUCAUUGUAUCAAAUCAGGCACAUAAAAAUAACAUAUUGCAUGUGACUUUAGAAUUACUCUCUUAAAUCUCUGUCAUUAAACUGAUCCAGGAACAAAUGCACAGAGUAACAAAAGGCUGUUGAAGUUAGAUACAUUUAUUUUUCUUGAAAUAGCAUUUUUCAUCAAAAAAAAAAAAAAACCCUGCUGCUUUAAUUCCAGAUUCAAGUUCAGAUACCUUUUCUCUCUUACAAAUCAAAUAUGGGUAAUUAUGAAAAAAAAAAUCAAAAUUUACCAAAAAAUAAGGCCUGACUUUUGGGCAGUUGUGCCAGAUGGAGGUGUGAGAGAGAAGAGGUCACUUUGGUUUCUGUUCUCAUCACUCUUAAUUUUAACAUGGCAAUGUCUGUAAAAUGGGAGGAUUUGUAACCUUAACAUUCCUGUGUGGAAAACGGUGGCUAGACACCUCUGAAGGCAGCGGAGGAGAUGACAGGGAACCCCACAGAUCCUGCAUAAGAAACGGGCGGUGGCUUCUCUGUUUUCCAGCUCAGAUCAUGUUGUGCUUCUAUUUCGGCCUCCAGCUGGCUUUCCCAUACAUUGCAUUUUAUGGAAGUGGCUUUCUUUUCACUAGUCUAGAAACACUGGAGUGAAUUUAGAGAAGCUGGCUUUUCCAGGAACUUUACCCCCCAGGCAUGCACAGAAACCCAGUCCACCACAAAAUGUGGCCUCUCCAUUCCCUCCCCCAGACUUCCAGAACUGACUCGGGUUUCUCUGGUGUGGCCUCAGAUCUGAGUCUGGGCUCCGGGAACUGUAGAGGUGAGGCAGUUAACGGCUUGCAGAAGCAGUGGGUGACAGAUGGCAGGUGCAGACUUUAAAUUCCAAGGUGAAAGGGCAUCCUCACCGCUGUGUCCUAGACCUGAGCCCUGCGGGAGCCUAGGGCGGCUGAGUCCACUCUCCUCCCGAGUGCAGCGUGGCUG